GUAUGUGUUCCCCUGUGCCCGGCUAAUCUCCCAUUCUUGACCCUCUUGGAAACCAAUACAAACAGUGUGGAGGUUGGGUGAGAGCCAAUGAUCGGUUCAGAAGGACAGAGAUGAAAAUGACCAUGGCCAACAAUGAACGCACCUUCAUUGCCAUCAAGCCUGAUGGGGUCCAGAGGGGUCUUGUGGGAGAGAUCAUCAAGCGUUUUGAGCAGAAAGGAUUCCGUCUUGUUAGUCUGAAAUUAAUGCAGGCUUCUGAAGACCUUCUCAAGGAACACUACAUCGACCUAAAGGACCGUCCUUUCUUCUCUGGCCUGGUGAAGUACAUGCACUCUGGGCCAGUGGUUGCCAUGGUCUGGGAGGGACUAAAUGUGGUGAAGACAGGCCGAGUGAUGCUCGGGGAGACCAAUCCUGCUGAUUCCAAGCCUGGGACCAUUCGUGGGGACUUUUGCAUCCAAGUUGGCAGGAACAUUAUCCACGGCAGCGAUUCUGUGGAGAGUGCAGAGAAGGAGAUCAGCUUGUGGUUUCAACCUGAGGAACUGGUGGAUUACAAGAGUUGUGCACAGGACUGGAUUUACGAGUGACAGGAGGGCAAGCCACCAUGCUUUGCUUGUCUACUUCCCACCAUUCCCAUGGGCAGGGGACCAGACUAUAGCAAAUCUAGUUAUUUCUGGAAUAAAUAAGAGUUUCUCCAAGGGAACUCUUGAGCUGUGAGUACUCCCUGUACAGUGUUAUGUGCUACCAUCAGAUUAAAAUGUUUCAUCUCA